AUGGAAAUCCCGGAGGCCCAGGACCCAACGGAAACCCAGGUGGCCCUGGACAGCCUGGUUCAGAUGGACAGCCAGGACAGCCAGGACCUCCCGGACAGCCUGGACAACCUGGACAACCUGGAUCACCUGGUCAGCCUGGACCGGACGGCACCACCGAUUACACUCCAGUCAACUGCCCAUCUCCACCCGGAGGUUGCGUCACUUGCCCACCUGGACCCGCAGGACCACCCGGACCAGAUGGAAAUCCCGGAGGCCCAGGACCCAACGGAAACCCAGGAGAUGCUGGAGCACCAGGAAACCCAGGAGGCGAUGGACAACCUGGACAGCCCGGACAGAGCGGCACCACUUCUACCAACACUCCCGGAGGACCUGGACCAGCUGGACCACCUGGAGCUCCCGGAAAUGCAGGAGGACCCGGACAGCCAGGAGGUAACGGAAACGAUGGACCACCCGGACCACCAGGAAAUCCCGGAGGCCCAGGACCCAACGGAAACCCAGGUGGCCCUGGACAGCCUGGUCAGAAUGGACAACCAGGACCUCCCGGACCUCCAGGAGAUGCUGGAGCACCAGGAAACCCCGGAGGCGAUGGACAACCUGGACAGCCCGGACAAAGCGGCACCACUUCCACCAACACUCCCGGAGGACCUGGACCAGCUGGACCACCUGGAGCUCCCGGAAAUGCAGGAGGACCCGGACAGCCAGGAGGUAACGGAAACGAUGGACCACCCGGACCACCAGGACAGCCAGGAGCACCAGGACAGCCCGGAAACGACGGUCGUCCAGGAAACCCAGGAGGCACAGCACCUCCAGGAGGUGAUGCCGCCUACUGCCCAUGCCCACCUCGCUCAGCUGCUUGGCUCGUCGUCGCGUUGUCAAGCACUAAGCAUUGAGGAGUACAGUAGACUUCUGUAUGCUACUGCAGUUUCUUUUAGAUAG